GGAAAAAAUAAGAAAAGGUUGGCGGGGGACUUGGAGUCGGAGCCUGUCCUGUGUCCAGGUAAACUAAAGGGGAAAACACCAACAACAGUCGGAUCGGAAAAAGCAACACAUCGAUCUGUUACAAUGAGAACCAACAGCUUCAAGUGGUCAUGUGAUUUCCGGUACCUUCUCCUUGUUGCUGCCUUGGCCUUCAUCUACAUCCAGAUGCGGCUUUUUGCUACACAAUCUGAAUAUGCUGAUCGCCUUGCAGCUGCAAUAGAAGCAGAAAACCAUUGUACAAGUCAGACACGCUCUUUCAUUGACCAGAUUAGUCUGCAGCAAGGACGAAUUACGGCCCUUGAAGAGGAAAUGAAGCGUCGAUAUCAAGAGUGCCAACACCUAAGAGCACUUGUUCAAGAUCUUGAGAGUAAGGGCCUGCAGAAGUUGAUCAGCAGUACCCAGGUUCCAGUGGCAGCUGUUGUUGUUAUGGCUUGUAAUCGUGCUGAUUACCUUAAAAGGACAAUUCAGUCUAUUCUAAAACAUCAGACUUCUGUUGCAUCAAAAUUUCCUCUUUUCAUAUCCCAGGAUGGUUCACAUCCUGAUGUUAAAACCUUGGCUUUGAGCUAUGAUCAAUUGACGUAUAUGCAGCAUUUGGAUUAUGAACCUGUGCAUACAGAGAGACCAGGGGAAAUUAUUGCAUAUUACAAGAUUGCACGUCAUUACAAAUGGGCAUUGGAUCAACUAUUUUACAAGCAUAAUUUUAGCCGUGUUAUCAUACUGGAAGAUGAUAUGGAAAUUGCCACUGAUUUUUUUGACUAUUUUGAGGCUGGAGCUACUCUUCUUGACAGAGAUAAGUCUAUUAUGGCUAUUUCUUCUUGGAAUGACAAUGGACAAAAACAGUUUGUUAAAGAUCCUUAUGCACUUUUCCGUUCAGAUUUUUUCCCUGGUCUUGGAUGGAUGCUGUCAAAGUCUACAUGGAAUGAAUUAUCUCCAAAAUGGCCAAAGGCUUAUUGGGAUGAUUGGUUGAGACUGAAAGAGAACCACAAAGGUCGCCAAUUUGUUCGCCCAGAAGUUUGCAGAACAUACAAUUUUGGGGAGCAUGGUUCUAGUUUGGGUCAGUUUUUCAAUCGAUUUCUUGCACCAAUUAAGCUAAAUGAUGUCCAGAUUGACUGGAAAUCAAUGGAUUUGAACUACCUCAUGGAGGACAAUUAUCUGAAAUAUUUUGCUGAAAUUGUUAAUAAAGCUAAACCAAUAUAUGGAGCCGAUACCGUUUUGAAAGCAAAUAAUAUCAAUGGUGAUGUGCGUAUACAGUACAGAGAUCAGCUACAUUUUGAAGAAAUUGCACGUCAGUUUGGCAUUUUUGAAGAGUGGAAGGAUGGUGUUCCAAGGGCAGCAUAUAAAGGAGUAGUAGUUUUCCGGUACCAGACCUCAAGACGUGUAUUUCUUAUUGGUCCUAACUCUCUUCAACAGCUUGGAAUUAAACACGAUUAACUAAUAUGAAGUUGCAUUUGGCAGGAUCCACGUUUGAUAGUGGUUGUGUGCAACAGAACCAACUUAAAGAACAAGGGUGCCAUCUUGUUCGGUUAUAUGGAGAGGCUUGUGAUCAGUGGUGUGAUGAAUUCCAGCGCAGCUUGGUUAUGAGACCUUAGAGAAAUAGGCAAAUAGCUCUGAUCCCCCAAUAUUACUAUGCUGUUGUUUUAAGCGACUAUGGCAGUACUUGGGGCAUACUACUUUUCCUGAACAUUAUUUCAUAUGUAAACGAUACUUAUUUCCAUUAGCCAUUUAGCCGUAGCGGAAAUAGUGAUCAACUUUAACUCUUAAAGGGAGUGGGUUGGAGACUUGAGUUUCACCUGUCUUGUGCCACUUGGCCAUUUAUCGGUGGUGCCAACUGCCAAGUUAAAACAAAAUUCUGUAUUGUCAAGUGGUCGGUCUUGGUGCAGUCAAGGGCUUGUAAAGGAUUUGCAUCUUUC